ACACAACGCAGUUACUUUCGAUUUCGCCCCAAAGUGAAAGUGACUCUCGCUUCGAGCGCUCGAGACGUCGUCGCUGCGUGUUCGUGGACGAGCCGUUAAAGUGAAGAUAAUCACGUGACACCUGACCGCAUUAGUGGAAGUGUUCGGGUAAAGAGAUGGCCGAAGGCAACGACAGCUCCCAAGAGAAAGAUCUGAUUCAGUUUGACGAGAGCUCAGGUUCUGUGUCUGAACCUCCAGAGAUGGCCAGACGCAACGACAGCUCCCAAAUGAGAGAUCUGAUUCAGGCUGACAAGAGCUCAGGUUCUGUGUCUGAACCUCCAGAGAUGGCCAGACGCAACGACAGCUCCCAAGAGAAAGAUCUGAUUCAGUUUGACAAGAGCUCAGGUCAGGCCCGCUCCUCCUCCCCCACCUCCUCCUCCUCCUCCUCCUCCUCCUCCUCCUCCUCCACCACCCAGCCGUCCUGUUCAGCAGAUGUAAGCAGUAGACGGGUGAAGGCGGCGAGGAUGCGGACGAAAGACGGCUCUUCCUCAAGCUGUCCGCUGAAAAAGCUGAAGUAUCUUCGACAGUGUGACCUCAAGCUGGGACGUCUGACCUUCAGCAGGACGCACAGUGUCCUCGUAGAUGUGGAUGAAUUCAACUGUGGAAAAGGAGCCGUGCCUCAGGGAGGGAAGGACAUGUGGCACGGUAACUUUGUGAAAAUGCCAUGUUCACCAUCGAGCAUGAUGGUCGUCAAGUUCGGCCACAAACAGCAAACGAGCCGGUGGAGGUGGGAAGUGAUCUUCAAGAAGCUGAGCGCUCUGGCCGAGAAGACGACAGCGAGCGCCGAGGAUGUGGAGAAAGCCAUCAUGAAAUACAACCCCAAGUAUAAAGGCCAGUGGUCCUUUGAUGCCCUCUACAGCUUCGUAAAGGUUAUCCCGAAGACAGAAAACGACUUCACCAAACUGUUCCCGAAGAUCGCGGCGUUGGCUCUGAAGCUGCCCGAAUAUGUGAAGAAGGGCCUCCCGCUGCUGAAGAAGGGAAACACUGCCGCCGUCACUCUGUCGCAGGUUCAGAUCUCCUGUCUGCUCGCCAACGCCUUCUUCUGCACCUUCCCAUACCGCAACGCCACCGGAGCCACCGGCGAGUACGGCAGCUACCCCUCCAUCAACUUCACCAGGCUGUUUGGUCAGUGGUCGUCACGGAAGAAAGAGAAGCUGAGAGCCAUCCUCCAUUACUUCCAUGUGAUGACGGACAAGCUAACGAGACCGAACGGUCUGGUGACGUUUGAGAGGCGCUGCUACAAAGCCACGGAUAUGCCCAACUGGAGAUGCUGUGAAGAGAAGAUGAAUGAGCUUCACGUGGCGUCAGGCGGCACCAUCGAGACCGAGGGGGCCGGUCUGCUCCAGGUGGACUUUGCCGCCAGCUUUAUCGGUGGAGGGGUUCUGGGUUCUGGUCUGGUGCAGGAGGAGAUCCUGUUCCUCCUGAAUCCAGAGCUCAUCGUGUCGCGCCUCUUCACGGAGAAACUCGGGGACACCGAGUGUCUGAUCGUCACAGGCUCGCAGCAGUUCAGCCGUUACUCGGGCUUCGGGGACAGCUUCGAGUGGGCCGGCCCUCACCGAGACCACCUGGGCAGAGACGACUGGGAUCGGCAACAGAGGCGGAUCCUGGCCAUCGACGCCACCAACUUCAAACACCAGAGGGAUCAAUACAACAUGACCAACGUGACACGGGAACUUAACAAGGCGUACUGCGGAUUCAAGCGUCGCGAAUCCGACGAGCCCGACAUCGCCACGGGGAAGUGGGGCUGCGGAGUGUUCAACGGAGACCCUCAACUCAAAGCCGUGAUCCAGCUGAUGGCGGCGGCGAGGGCGAAGAGAGGGUUGGCCUUCUUCACCUUCCAGGACAAGGAGCUGAAGAAGGGCCUCCAGCGGACGCACCACACGCUGGUCACCGACGGAGCGACAGUCGGACAACUGUACAGCCUCCUGGAAAACUACUGUGCCGUGCGGAAGGCGUCCGAAGCACAUGUGAAUCUGUUCCAGUUCCUCUCGAACACCUCCAGGAGUCGCCUGUGAGGACCUGAGGAGUCAAGUCCACGUCCGCCUCUUAAUUUGCACUGAAAAAAACUAAUUGUUUGAAUGCAUAAAAUUAAGAAAUGUUCUUGAUUGCGAAGAUAAGUACCUUUCCAUGAUAGCGAGUUAAAGGUUAUUAUUUCUAAACACAAAAUUUAAAGUUGGCCCGACCUCUAACUCCUAAGUCUAUGAGAUGUGUUGAAGCUGCAUUCUCUCUCCUGACCACCAGGGGGGCGACUCCUCUGGUUGUAUAGAAGUCUAUGCUUCAUGUGUUGAAGCUGCAUUCUCUCUCCUGACCACCAGGGGGCGACUCCUCUGGUUGUAUAGAAGUCUAUAUAAAUGACUCUACUUCUCUUGAUUUAUUCCCUCAGUAAACAUUGUAAACAUUAGUUUUUGGUCUCAAUCUUUAGUUUCAAGUCUUCUUCAAUACAGAAUGAUUUUCAUUUAAUAAAUUAUGAUCCAUUUGGCCUACAAACGUCUGAUUACGUAGACGUUUUAGCUUAAAUUAGCUGCACCCUCCUAUGUAAUAAAAAGACUUCUUAUUUUCAGGUGAUCAUUAUUCACAGUAGUUAUUAAUAUUAUAUUCCAAUCUUGCCUCCCGGACUGAAAGUGGAAGCUGGUUCCAUAAAAGAGGAGCUUGAUAACUGAAGGCUCUGGCUCCCAUCCUAUGUUUUAGGAUAUAUAUGUAUACAUACACGUAAUAUAAUUAUUGAUGCAAUAAAAUGUUUAUCACUUACAGCUCAUUUUAAAUACCAGUUUGCAGCAGUAACAGUAACGUAGUAAACGUCUCCAACAUUAAAUCCAGUGGAGGAAGUACUAAUACCACAGUUUCUGAAUAACUGCGUUUCAAAAAAAUUGUAAUAAAGUAAACAACGCUCAGCAUCAGAAUAUAUUUUAAGUACUCUUUGUGCAGAAUAACAUAUGUUGUAUUAUAAUUAUUGAUGCAAUAAUAUGUUCAUCACUUUGAAGUUGCAGUAUUUUAAGUAUGUUAUGUACUGCCAGGUAGUAUAAUCUAUAAUAAGACAUCAUUUAAUAGUUGGCUAUAUUAUUUUAAUUAUAACAUUUAACCUGCAGAGGAAGUUAAGUUAUCAUAUAAAUGUAGAGUAAAAAGUACACUAUUUUAAAGUAGUAGCAAGUACUAGGGUAGUACCUCAAAACACACAACAAAAUAAACAGAACGCCAGGAACCACAAUCUUUAUUUAUCCAAAACAUGCGACACUUUAUGAAAAUAAAUACAUCCCGACAAACGUUCAGCUACUAAACCUUCGCCCCCCCCCCCCCCCACAUAUCGUUUAAAACAAUCCCCAGUAUUGCAUUCUGGGAGAGAAAAACAACACUUUCAAUGUUAAAUAUGCAGCUGGUUAGCGUAGCUUAGCAUCAAGCUAGCCUGGCUCACUCAAAGUAAUCGGACGGGUAAAUCCGUUAAAAGUCACUUUUACACUUUGGGUUUUUAUAAAACGAGUAAGUCAAGAGUUUUUUUUUAACAAUGCUACAUUUAUGUUAAGCUAAGCUAACGGACCGAUAACAGAAUGCGCGUAUUUUUCAUCACGCUAUUUAAAAAAAUAAAAUAAUCGAUGACCACGUUUACGUGCGCACAUCGUUCUGAAAAAGACACAAUAUUCAAAACUUGUUCAAUGGAAAUUUAUAUUCCGCUAUUAUUCAUUCAAACUCCGGGUAACGUGACCUUUGGUGGACAUAUAUAUAUAUAUAUGUGUAUAGUGGAAUAUUAGUGGGCACGUAAACGUAGUAACUUCCUCUGAUUGUCCUUCAACUAAAAUAAACGUUCUAUAAAAUCAA